AUGACAAUGGGUUCCUCCAGAGGCAUCCGCUUCCGCAGCCUUGUCCUGCUCCUCGUCGCGUACCUCGGAGGCAUGCGCGCUCGGGAGGCGCCGCUGCCGCUGCCGUCUGCCAGGAGCGCGGGGGUUAACAACAGGCGGGCGCCGGAACGGCACGGGCUGUCGCUGGACUUCUACGGCAAGACGUGCCCCGCGGUCGACCACAUCGUCGCCAACGUCACCGCCGAGCGGUUCCGCGACCACCCGGCCACCGGGCCCGCCGUGCUCCGCCUCUUCCACCACGACUGCUUCGUGGAGGGCUGCGACGCGUCCAUACUGAUCGCGCCGGCAGGCAAGGCGGCAGGGGAGAAGGUGGAGAGGGACAUGGAGGAGAACAGGAACCUGCCGCAGUACGGGUUCGACACGGUGGAGAUGGCCAAGGCCGCCGUGGAGAGCAAGUGCCCCGGCGUCGUCAGCUGCGCCGACAUCCUCGCCCUCGCCGCCCGAGACGCCGUGCAGCUGGCAGGAGGGCCCUACUACGAGGUGAAGAAGGGGAGAAAAGACAGCAAGGUAUCCCUGGCUGGCAAGGUGCGCGGCAGCCUGCCCCACGCCAACUCCACCGUGGACGAGCUCCUCCGCGUGUUCGCAGCCAAGGGCCUGGGCGCGGGCGACCUGGUGGCGCUGUCCGGCGCGCACACCAUCGGCUUCGCGCACUGCGCCCAUUUCCUGGGCCGCCUCUACGACUUCCGCGGCACGCGGCGGGCGGACCCGUUCAUGGACGCGCGGCUGGUGAAGGCGCUGCGCAUGACGUGCCCCUACACCGGCGGCAGCGCCCGCGCGGUGGUGCCGUUCGACGUGAGCACGCCGUUCCAGUUCGACCACGCCUACUACGCCAACCUGCAGGCCAGGCUGGGCGUCCUGGGCUCCGACCAGGCGCUGUUCCUGGACGCGCGGACCAGGCCGCUCGUGCAGGAGCUCGGCGCGGACAAGGCCCGCUUCUUCCGGGCCUUCGUCGCCAGCAUGGACAGGAUGGGCUCCAUCCGGGUCAAGAAGGGCAAGAAGGGAGAGGUCAGGAAAAUCUGUAGCCAGCACUUGUACUAA